GAAUGUUGGGGGAUCAUCCCGAACCACCGCUAUUACCGCACCUUUCGCGAUUUCCGCCCGCUUUUGCUGAGGGCUGAGAAAGACGGGAGGUAAAAAGAAGCGAGCAAGUGCCAGAGAAAGCCGAAUGCCCAAUGCGUGGUGGAAGCAUAUCCCGAAAGCACAACCCGACCGCUGAUCAUUUCAGUCAGUGACCGUGAGCGAAGCAGACGUUUGUUGCGAGUAGAUCGCAACCAUUAACAGUCGUACGUCCGUUCUUGUGGCGCUCUAGGAGUGAGUCGUACCCGUACAGCCACUUACCGCAACUGUUUCCAUAAGUGAUCGUCACACGUCAGUGAAUGCUCCAGAGAAAUGGCCGAAACGAAGUUGGUGCUUGAAUAAUUGCAACCAGAGCCAUACAUUUGGGUCGAAAUAGAGGCGAUUUUUUGGAACAAAAGAUUCAACGUUGUGCGAACGUCCAAUUAUAAAAAUACUCACCGAAAACAAUUAACGGACCAGUGAGGGGAAUGCAUUAGUGUGGGCGAAAAUGUGCAACUUUAGCGUUUCGGUGGUAAAUUCGUUUCGUUUGCAGAUCUAAUCUGCUUGCGGUGUGCUAUGCGUGUUGGGCGAAGCAUAUGUAGAUCCAAAACACAAAAGAAAAGAAGCCCCAAAACUUAAGUGAAUCUCUGACGGGAGUGUAAAGAAUUGACGUGAGAACAAAGGUGUAAAGGAAUUUGCCUAAAAUUAGAACGAAUUGCGAACUGUGUGUUGCAGACAGAGCUAACUACCUUUACACAUUAUGGAAGUAAGCAAUUUAGCGCGGAACAUAAUCAAUUUGCGCUUCAACAUGAUGCUGAGCACGGUGCUGUUCAUGUUGGUGGUGGUACUGAGCCUGAUGGCCGGUGAAGCUUCGGGAAAGCUACAGGCUCAAGGAAAAUACGAAAUGCUAGCGACACCCAACAAGAACACCGACGAACGCAGCAUAGUCGAUAACAUGAAGAUGUUGUUCGGAGGAGGCAGUAAUCGGGCCCCUGCUCAUGACACGCCUGCCAGUGCUUGUAGCUGCCGAUGUGGCGAGCGGAACGACGCUUCGAGGAUCGUUGGCGGCCAGGCGACGGGCGUGAACGAGUUUCCCUGGAUGGCGCGAUUAAGUUACUUCAAUCGGUUCUACUGCGGUGGCAUGCUCAUCAACGACCGAUACGUUCUAACGGCUGCUCACUGCGUUAAAGGCUUCAUGUGGUUCAUGAUCAAGGUGACGUUCGGUGAGCAUAACCGGUGCGACGACUCCGUUCGACCGGAAACACGCUUCGUGUUGCGAGCGAUCGCACAGAAGUUUAGCUUCUUAAACUUCGACAACGACAUCGCAUUGCUGCGGCUGAACGAUCGUGUACCCAUAACGGAUUUCAUUCGCCCGAUCUGCCUGCCAUCCGAUCCAAGUAAUGCGUAUGUCGGCACCAACGGAACGGCCACGGGUUGGGGCACACUGAAGGAGGACGGUAAACCGUCUUGCAUCCUGCAGGAGGUAGAGGUACCGGUCCUAUCGAACGAGGUCUGCAGUACGCAAACGAACUACACGGCAUCCAUGAUCACGGACAAUAUGAUGUGCGCCGGUUAUCUAGGUGUAGGCGAGAAAGACUCUUGUCAGGGUGAUUCCGGCGGUCCGCUGAUCGCCGAACGGGAAGACAAACGUUACGAGCUGAUCGGAGUCGUAUCGUGGGGUAACGGUUGCGCCCGCCCCUACUAUCCCGGCGUUUACACACGGGUAACACGCUACCUCGAUUGGAUCCGCGAAAACUCCAAGGACGGUUGUUUCUGCAGUGAGUAAGCAUGGCAUCGCCCCGGCUUGAAAGGAUGCAGCAGUGACUAGCGUUCGUAAUGCUCAUUCGUACUUAUGUGAUGAUGGAAUCGAGUUGGUGUGCAAAACAGUAGCAAAUAAGAGCAACAAUCCCUAAGGAAUUAUAACGCGAUAAUUAACCGUGUCUAUAGCAUGUAGGACAAACCGAACCACAACCUGGAACGCUGGACAAUGCACUCUGCAAUCGACCAUUCAAAUAGUCGGCCAUUCCGACGGUUCUCUCUUUCUCGCUUCUGCACUACAAAAAAAACAAACGUCACCUACACGCUUGGCAGUAGAACGUUCAGUACGUUAGAGAAACCGUAACGUAACUCGCACCGCCAUGGCUUCCGCGAUGGCCGAUUUAGUUUCUCCGUCACUGCGUCACCGCCGAUACCGUUAAACUGACCGUGGCCGGAAUUUUAAAACGGUAGACAUUAAUAAACAAAAGGGAAGAUAAGCGGCGAAAAAAGAUGACUUGAAAACGUUACAAAAAGGCCCGAUCGACGGCCUCCGCACAACGCAAAAUCGUUUGUUCUCCUUUCCCUUUGCGUGAGUGUCGGUGCUUUCGCACGUGGAAGAUGCCAGUGUGAAACGUUUUUUUCUGCAUUCUUGUAAAAAAGUUCGUGCAGAUAUACCUUUUUUUCUCAUGAUGGAUCAUUUGAAACUGGGUGACAAAUUUAUUUUAUCAAUGGGCUAGUGGAGGCACCGCACUUAAUGCGCCUUGAUGCAGUCUCUAAUGUGUGACAAAUUAAGCUCAAAAUGAGGUUCCGUUCGUGAGUACCUAAUCAGUAACAGUUUGUGUUGGGUGAAUACGCUUGGUUGAAUGAUGUUGGUGGAGAUUCUAUAGUUUCGGUGACUUUUUAUUUUUUUUCUUCUUAUAACCAGUCUUAACCGCUUUACCAUCAGUUUCACCGAUCGAUGUUUUGCUUCUAAGGAACGAAGUACAUCAGUAAAAGCUGUUUUUAAUUACAUUGUGGCGCUACGUUUUCGGUGGCACAGCAUAUCGCAUUAACUUUACACGUAUAAGAUAAUUAUAGUAGAACAUUAUGUUAGGUAGCAGGAUGCCAACCAUAGAGACAUAUGUAAAGUAAUAAAACGAUCAACCAGGUUUAACCAAGGUGCAACUAUCCGUAAAGGUGUGUCACUCGGAAAACCAAAAUAAUUAAAGAAAAUAAAACAUUUUAACUUUAUCAAACAAAUCGAAAAUGUGUAUAUGGUGAAUGAUUGGUGAAUUUUUUAUUUGUAUAUUUUUUCAGCAAUAAAUUACAAACGCCACUUGUGCUAUAUAAUGCUAAACAAUUAUGGUUAACUCGAUGCAGUACAAUCGGAGAUAAAAUCUUAAUGUUUAUACUUCUUUCACAAACUUUCACAACCAUUUACACAUCCAUCUCAAGGCUAGCAUUAUGAAACCAUAGGAGAAUAGUCCGUAAAGCUCCAUGCAAUUUGUUUCGGUGGUGAGCUACAUAAACAGUUCAUAAUAAAAUGGUGCGAGUCUUCUCACUCCCCGGGCACGAUGUUGAAUGCUUUGCCCUGCCGGUAUCGAUGGGAAGUAGAAAAAAUAAUUUUCUCAAAACAAGCUUCAACUGGAGAGACCGGCUUUAACUAGAGCAGAGCAGUUUUUGCAUCCUAGUGCUGUAAAGACCCCUUGGGUGCAUUAAUUUAGUGUGCUAGAAGAUGAAACUUAUAGCAGUCGGAAUAGAGCUUGGCGAAUUGCAGCUUGAACUUUAAACCGACGAUAGUUUGGAAAUCUUCUUCAUCUCGGUCAGUAGAUGUAUUGUUCGGGAAGAGGGCCAGAAAAAAGAAAGUCCGAAGACCAGAUGUACAAAAUGAAUUUUUAGACACAUGUAUUAGGUGCUAUCAUAAACCGUAAGAGUUCUUGGUAACUGUACUAAUGUGUCUUUCCAUAAUUGCGACUGCCAACUUCUUCGACAGUGCUUUUUCAAACUUUUUCCAGACAUAUAAGGUAUCUGUCCUCCAACACUUCCUGUUUACUAGCUU